UCCUGCCCCAGCAUACCCAGCGCCGUCGCGGUCGUCGUUCGGUGUCCCAAGUGCAUUGUGUGAUAUACCAUACAGCAUAGACUAGAGAAUUGGGCAGCGUAUCUGUUGUAGAGUCCUAUGAGACUUCCGCACUCAUAUUGAGCUCAGGCCUGACAGCUACCCUCGUCCCAACCCACGCCUCCUCCCCCUCCGCCUCGAACUGCUGGCGGUGCAUACUGUGAUCCGCCGAGUCCUACACGAAGGCGUGGUGGCUAAGAAAGAGCAUGACUUCGUUUGGCCCGCAAGAUGGAGACAAACAAACACUUCAGCCUUCUUCUCCAGCAUUCGCUGCCGCAGAGCAAACCACUCCCACCGCGAAGAGGCCGCCAAUCCUUGCGAUCCCGAAGAUCAGAUCAGCUCUCAACCUGUCUACCGGUGCAGGGAGUAGCCUACGCGCCGAUGCGCCGCCUCCGAGAGCGAGGUAUUCGAUCGAUGCGGGAACGGGUGCGGAGGCCUUUGAUAGCUUGAGAUCGCCCCUUCUUUCGGCAGAGCGCGAUACGGGUCUCAAUCGCAUACGACAGCCUCCGCCAUUGUGGCAACCCUCAUCUCCUAACUUGCAUGCUUCCGUGCUGCCUUCAUUUCCGGGAGAUCCAACGGUGAGGAAACUAUCGCUUACUACACUGGACACUGCACCCGCUUCACCAGAUCUGCGAUUUAGCGAAGACCUGACUCGCUUCCCUACCGAGUCUCUACACUCCUUCUCAUUCGCUCACCAAAGUAGUGACUCGCUACACAAUCGUCAGAAUGUGCUGAAACGCAGCAUCGAGUUCAUGCGGGAAAAGCUCUCCUGGGCAGCUUCGUCGCCGCGCAUUGCGAGCGCUCAAGCUCGUUUAGCCGGUGACGAGGAGCUUCUCAGCAUGAUGGAGCUAUUGCAGAAGGCUAAUGUGAGGGGCACUGGGACUCUUGACUCCGUAGGCCUAGACGCAGAUGGGGGCCUAGGGCCUCUAACUGGACCUGCGCACAUGGCCAGCGAGAACGUCUUCGACCGCAGCUUCUUACCCGGCACCCAGGAGCGAAGUGAGAGCCCUACACAGGUAGAGAGCGGCGAGAACGUAAGGCCAGGACAGAACCAUGGAGCGCCGCUCGAGCUGGCCGUCUCUCCAAUGCUGCUUGAGCCGGAGAUCAAGCCUCGCCAGAGCAUGGACGCUAGUAUUACGAGCGAUCCUGAAGCUUUGUCACUCUCGCGCAUGAACACUCAUGACGAUGUUCCUGGUCUGUCGCCGCCGAGAUCACAACGGGCUUCGCUCAAGCGGACGUACACCGAUGUGGCAGGAUAUUCGCUGCAGCACAAGCUUACCGAAGCCAUGGCUCAGCCGUACCGGACAAACUCACGCAACUCUGCCAUCACGCCCACUCACGCCCCCACUUUUCCUGUGGCGCCGAUUCGGGGCGCUACUCUCAAUGAGCGCGCGCCUCACGGUCACCGCAACAACCAGGCACAGGCGAUCUUCACCACCGAGGCCAAGUCACCAUGGACUAUCACCGCCGCGAAUGAUCUUGCGUGCCUGGUCUUUGGCGUUACACGUGCAGAGGUGCGGAAGCUCGGCAUCAUGGAGGUUAUUAAGCCAGAGAGACGGAAAUGGCUCGAAGAUAAGCUGCGCAACCCUGAAGUGGGUUCAGCAGCGAGACCGAAGCCGACGCCUUAUCAGAAGCCCAGUCCGACCAGCAGUCUCGCGAGCAUGGGUAACGGCGUCACUGCGAAGCUGUUGAGCAAGCCGCCUGCAAGGCAGACUUACCAAAGCCGCCGAAGCAAGACAGAAAACGGUGUGCUCACGCCAACCCCUCCCACUGCAGGUAUCAAUCACAACAACAAUAAAAGCCGAGGUGUACUAUUGUGCGGUGACGUUGUCCCAAUCCAGAAGCUAAACGGCAGUACCGGAAGUGCUUCGUUGUGGGUGAAAGAAAAGGGCGGCAACCUCAUCUGGGUACUUGAAGAGAUCGCCGAGGAUGUAGCGUAUGUUACCGUUGACGAGAUCGGUUCAAUUAUCAGAGGCUCUGGCGAUGUCGAGGUCAUAUGGGGCCUCGAUCGUUUACGCCCCGGCAUGGAUGUGACGAGAUUGAUCCCUGCUUUUCCGAAACUCGCAGGCACGAAUACUGGCGCUCUAGACUACGAUGAAGUCGCUCGGUUACGGAGGUUCACGGCACGAACGAGCAACUCGAUCUCGAUCCCAAUCACGAUUGAUCAGCUCUCAGGCCAAAGCACGUUCCGUGUAUCCAGCUUCCCGCAUAUUGCCGGGAUUAUUGUGGUAAAUCCCAACACUAUGCGCGUAAGCAGUUCGAACAACGUCUUCUCGGCUGCGCUCUUCGGAUACGCCAGCCCAGAUGGCAUGCUUAUCACGGAACUCAUACCUGGCUUUGACAAGAUACUCCACCUCAUGACAGAUGAGGACAAGAUUGCCUUGGUAGACGGCAUCGUCAUACCCGAGCACAGCUUUCGUAGAGCGAGAAGCUUGCUUGCCCUCAGAGAAGGUAGUGCAGACGCAGCCGCCAUCUUUCUCCGACCGUCAGGCCUGCCUGCCCGGCACCGUGACGGGCAAGAGAUCAUGAUUGACGUCCAGAUGCGGGUUGUCAAGUCUGACCGUGACCCGAUCUACAAUGAGCAUGUGAUUGAGGAAGAGAACGCAGGUUCUUACCUCAGUGUCGGUAGUGAGGCGGUGUAUGCGCUUUGGAUUACGUACAGCCGGCAAUUGCACGCCGUUAAUCACGGAAUUGGGCCUGUGACACCACUUGUGAGCCGACCAGGCACGCCACCCCAUCAGCCGCCCCCCGGAGGCACUCAUGCUGUGGACGAGGCGAUGCCGACUCCGAUGGUCGUCACCGAGCAUGGAGACGAUGAGAUGAGGAUACAGAUGCUGACGCGGCAAUUGGAAGAGGCCAAGGCUGCAGAGGCUGUGAACUCGAGCGAAGGCGAACCAUUUGAGCAUCCAGCACCGGAUAUGCUCGAGACCGGCGUCAAGCUCAUCAAGAAAAAGCGCAUCGACGACUUCGCCAUCCUUGAGGAGAUGGGCCAGGGCGCGUAUGGGCAGGUAAAGUUGGCGAGAUACAAGAAAAUCGCAGCCAAGAAGAUGGUGAUAAAGUACGUCACGAAACGACGUAUCCUCGUCGACACCUGGCACCGCGAUCGUCGACUCGGUACUGUGCCGCUCGAGAUCCACGUCUUGGACUAUCUCCGCCGUGAAGGAAUGGUGCAUCCCAAUAUUGUUGAGAUGGCAGAUUUCUUCGAGGAUGACAUCAACUACUACAUCGAGAUGGUCCCGCAUGGACUGCCGGGUAUGGAUCUGUUUGACUAUAUCGAGCUACGUGUGACAAUGGAUGAGCGGGAGUGCCGAAAGAUCUUCAAGCAAGUCGCCGAGGCGAUCCGACAUCUGCACGUCAAGGCCAAGGUCGUACACCGUGAUAUCAAGGACGAGAACGUGGUCCUUGACGGUGAGGGAAAGGUCAAACUCGUAGACUUCGGGAGCGCAGCGUACAUCAAAAGCGGACCCUUUGACGUGUUCGUAGGCACGAUCGAUUACGCAGCGCCCGAAGUACUACGUGGGGCCCCUUACCGCGGCAAAGAGCAGGAUGUCUGGGCUCUUGGCAUCCUACUCUACACGUUGGUCUACAAGGAGAAUCCUUUCUACUCGAUUGACGAGAUAAUGGAUCACGACCUGCGAGUGCCAUACGUGAUGAGCGAGGAGUGCAUUGACCUUAUCCGCAAGAUGCUGGAUCGUGAUGUGGAAAGACGAAUUGGCAUACAAGCCGUGCUUGAACAUGACUGGUUUCUGGUGGCCGACGAAGAGGCAGUCGAUGACUGACGGGCCACAGUGAAGGAGCGCUUAAAGAGCCAGUACGUCCGCUCUGGUGGGCUCGUGUCCGUCUCUCGAGAUGCAUUACGAUGGAGGGAAAAUGUCGUUGUGAUACCCAUGCGCAGUGAGAGCACGAGGGCAAAAGCAUUGUUAUCAUUGACCGCUGGAGUCGAAACCAGCGCCAGCUAGCACGUUUGCUUGCCUCUCUGCGCCCGCAAGUGAAGCGUCUUGGCCUGCUUUUGUACAUACUGCGUUCAAUCACGCACUCCAGGUGCCCCAAUCCAUUGCUGUGAAUUGUAUCACGAGCUGAAGCGUUGCCGUGACCUCGAUGCCCGACAUUUGAGUAUAUCUGGAAGCGACCAUCAUCCAGCGUCUCUGGUGGCUUCCCGUCUUUGUAGGAUCAGAGUGACGAUCGUCUGACCGGUCUGUCCGCCAAAGGUAUACGUAGGAUAGCGUGCUUCGGCAUAGUACGACAACUC